AUGAUUUUUUAUUCCUUAUAUGAGCUGUUCACUUUUAAAGAGUGGCUGAUUUUUACUGCAGUGCUCUUUAUUUUUAUUCAUAUUACUUGGAACAAAAAUUCACCUAACUUUCCUCCAGGACCUCUGCCUUUGCCUUUCCUGGGAAAUGUCUUUACAGGGGUAGACUAUAAAACUAUGAAUAAGUUGUCAGAAAAGUAUGGGAAUAUUUUCAGUCUCAGGAGAGGUACUACCAAAAUAGUGUAUGUUUCUGGAUAUAAGAUGGUGAAAGAAGCUCUUGUCAUUCAAGAAGAUAGCUUUGCUCGUUGUGUUUCACCUUUAUUUGAUGAAAUUUACAAAGGCAAAGGUCUGUCAUUUACCAAUGGCUACUCAUGGAAGAAGCACCGACAAUUUGCUGUUAGUUACUUCAGGAACUUUGGAGAAAGAAGAGAGACUCUACAACAGAAAAUCCAGCAAGAAUGCUACUUCCUGUGUGAAGCAUUCAAUGAGGAACAAGGUUGUCCAUUCGACCCUCUCAUCAAAAUCAAUAAUGCAGUAGCUAAUGUGAUUGGCACAUUGGUAUUUGGGCAUCGCUAUGAGUAUGAUGACGUUCAAUUCCAGAAACUGCUACGCAUGAGUGCAGAGUCUGUGUAUCUCACUGGCUCUGUGUGGCAUGAGUUGUAUGAUGCAUAUCCAAACAUAAUGAAAAUCUUACCAGGACCACAUCACACUAUAAUAGCAAACUAUCGCAGACUGGCAGCCUUUUUGGGAGAGAAGACAGAGAAACACAAACAGGACUGGGACCCAAAUGAGCCUAGAGAUUACAUCCACGCCUACUUAACAGAAAUUGAGAAGAGGGGAAAUGACAAGGAGGCCCAAUUUAACACAGAUAACUUGGAAUGGUGUAUGGUGGACCUGUUUGAAGGAGGAACAGAGACAACAACUAACACCCUACGCUGGGCUCUGCUCUACAUGAUAAAAUAUCCACUGAUACAGGAGAAAGUCCAGGAGGAGAUUGAAUGUGUUAUUGGACAGACACGUUUCCCCACUAUGGCAGACAAAGCCAACUUGCCCUACACCAAUGCUGUCCUUCAUGAAGUGCAGAGGAAAGGUGAUAUUGUCCCACUGAAUAUGGCCAGGGUGGCCACAAAAGACACUACACUGGGGGGAUAUUUGGUACCAAAGGGAACUGUAAUGAUUACCAACCUAUCUUCUGUGCUGCAUGAUAAAAAUGAGUGGGAAACACCAGAUACUUUCAACCCAGAGCACUUUCUGGAUUCAGAGGGCCAAUUCCGCAGUAGAGAUGCAUUCCUUCCAUUCUCUGCAGGUAAGAGGAUGUGUCCUGGCGAGUACCUGGCUCGUGUGGAACUGUUCCUUUUCUUCACCUGCCUCCUGCAGAAAUUUACAUUUAACCCUCCACCUGGAGAAGAGCCCAGUGUGGACAGUCAGCUCGGCUUUACUAAGAUCCCCAUGCCAUAUAAGUUGUGCGCCUCCCAACGAUGAAGUCACGGACAGAUUUCUAGGCACACCUGAAAACAUGGGGCAUGUUCCAGGAUGACAAUGCCAGGAUUCAUCAG